AUGGAAGAGAAAGUAAAAAAGCAUGUGAAACUCGAACAAGAAAUAUUUUCAGAUGAUAUUUGUUUUGAAAUAAUUUGCAUGAUUGAUGAUUCGUGGUUUAUUUUAAAUAAUUGUACUUUAAUUUCAAAACAAUUCUUUAAUGUGAUCAAGGAACGUUCAAAACUUGUUAUUCAAUUUAAAAACAACAUUACAGAGAAACGAGUUGAAUUAUUCAUGAAAAGUCAGUUUAUGAAUAGUAUUGUUGAUGUUAAAUUUUCAACAAAUUUGCUGGAAGCCAUAGAACAACUCAAAUUCGUAACUGAAAUGAAACAAUUAACAUCACUUAAUAUUCGUGGCAAUCGAAUUGGUGUAGAAGGAGCCAAAUAUAUCAGUGAAAUGAAACAAUUAACAUCACUUAAUAUUUCUUACAAUGUAAUUGGUGAUGAAGGAGCUAAAUAUAUCAGUGAAAUGAAACAAUUAAUAUCACUUAAUAUUCGUGAAAAUGAAAUUGGCGAUGAAGGAGCCAAAUAUAUAAGUGAAAUGAAACAAUUAACAUCACUUGAUAUUUCUUACAAUAUAAUUGGCGAUGAAGGAGCCAAAUAUAUAAGUGGAAUGAAACAAUUGACAUCACUUAAUAUUUAUUACACUCUCAUUGGUAUAGAAGGAGCUAAAUUCAUUAGUGAAAUGAAACAAUUAACAUCACUUAAUAUUUCUGAAAAUGAAAUUGGUAUAGAAGGAGUCAAAUACAUUAGUGAAAUGAAACAAUUAACAUCACUUAAUAUUUCUUACAAUAGAACUGGUGAUGAAGGAGCUAAAUUCAUUAGUGAAAUGAAACAAUUAACAUCACUUAAUAUUUGUGGCAAAGUCAAAUUCAUUAGUGAAAUGAAACAAUUAACAUCACUUAAUAUUCGUGGCAAUCGAAUUGGUGUAGAAGGAGCCAAAUAUAUAAGUGAAAUGAAACAAUUAACAUCACUUAAUAUUCGUGGCAAUAGAAUUGGUGAUCAAGGACUAAAUCAUGAGAAUUCACUACUGUGGGGAGCAAAUAAGUUCAACAAAUCAGAGAGCUAUUAG